AUGUCGCUACGGAUUGCUGUAGCUCAUACGGGCCAGCGCCUCGACGCUGAUCCCGUUGCCUUCACUUCUGUUGAUGCACUCAAGUACUGGAUCUCGAGAGCGACGGAGAUAGCGCCCGAGCAGCAAGUCUUACUCACAACACAAGGCAAACAUGUCAAGCUGCAAGCGCUCUUGACUGAGAAAGAGAUAUUCGUCUUCAGUCGCGAACUCUCAAAUAAUCCGCAGGCUGCCAUAUCAUCCACACCACUACCAGACGCCUUCCAACCCGACGAUGCGCCAAAUCACCUUGCGAAGAACACCGAUCUCGGGGCAUGGCAGGCCCUCUUCCAAGCCCGCCGCGACUGGGCAUUUGGCCUUCUCGAAAAGUCACACUCCAUGUCCCAGAUCGCCUCGAAGCACUUUGCCGAACAAGCUACCAUUGAGAGAGCUACUCAAGUUGCCGUCGGAAACCAUGAUGCGCAUAUCAAGGGUUUGGAGCAGAAGUACCAGGCAGCCAGGGAGUGGUACGAUGGAGUCGAGAAGGAAGCUGGGGACAAUAUACGGAGACUGGAUGCCGACUUCGAACAGCUGGGGACGGUACCCGCCAUCCUGAACUUUACGCGCUUUCUGGCCAAGGAGAUGCGAUCCCCACAGAGUGUACCCAGCAAUACUCUUGUUCGCAAGACCCUCCAGGAAUUUCUCGAUGUCGAGGCUGUCAAGAAGGCCACAUCGACGAGUAAGCGCGUUCGAGAGUCGUUUGGGAAGCACAUGGACAGAAUGCGCAUGCAGUUGGAAAAAAUCGAGGUAGAUUACAACGAACUCCUGGGCGCUGUCGGCCAAAGCCAGAGCCGAUCCAUCGCCGACGAUUCUGAAGAACCUACGCGACUAUACAACGAAAUCGAUGCGGUUGUGAAGAAGGUCGAAUCUGACUUCGAACAUGUCAUGGGACUAGAAGCAAGCUCCAAAUCGGUAGCCCAGGUAUCGAAAAUGGCUUUGCUCCAUACGCGAAACUUUCUGCCGGCCAUACAAGAAUACAGCGUGGAGAUGAGCGAUCUCGUACGACGGGCUGUCGAGCAAAAGAAUACUGCCAUCAGGAACUCGGUCGAGAGUAUGCAGGGCAUCGCGAAUAUCGAGUCGGUCAUUGCGAGCAUAGGUGCGCAACUCGAGCAGAUUAGUAUACCACAAGAUGGAGUCGCUGCUUUUGAGCUCAUAUCUCUCGUCGGUCGUCUGCCCUACGUAUACGGUACACUACUAGUCGAAGCCGUCCGAAGACGCGAGUGGACAGAAAGGAUGGAAAAAGAUACAUCCUCGCUCGCUGAAGAGAUGGCAACUUUUCAGGAAGAAGAAGAGCGUCGGCGUAAGAAGUGGCUGAAGCCAAUAUCAGAUGUUGUCAACUUGGACGCCUUGCAAGGUGGCUCGCUGGGAUUUGAAUUGAAUAUACAACCUGAGAAGACCGUCUGGCCAAUGGUCACCCGAGAAGAGCUUUUAGAUUACCUCAAGGACUUGCAGAGACUGGACGGACAAGAAUCUGAAGCCGAAGCAUUUGCCCAAGCUAUCAAGGAUCUUGAUCGUCCUACCAAGCAGCAAAUCAAGCGCGCAAAGAACUUCAAAAUGGGAAGUGUCCAUGAGCCGGCUUUCGGCAGAGGCUCACAACUCAUGAUGCGAGGCGAUGAUGAGCUACGUGUGCUGAAAGAAGGUAACGCGAAGCUCGAGGAUGAGCUGAAAGGCUAUAGGAGCCGGGUUCGUCGGCUGGAGGAUCUAGUACAUCGUCAGAGUACCGUCAGCAGACUUUCAAUAGGUGGUGCUCCACCGUCAUUCGGCAUACCUGAUCCAGGCGACCCCUCGACGCCAACAGCCGAAGUCGCUUCACCUAGACCUCAGGAAGAGCUCUCCCGACGCUCUUCAAUUUCUUCUAGACGGUACUCGGCGAAUGCAGGGCAAGAAGACAAGCGCCGUAUUCUUCGCCUUGAACAACAGCUCGCGGCGGAGAAGGAGGCUCGGGCGAAACUCGAGAAUGAUGCACAAGCUCGGAGAGACGACGAUGCAGAUCAACAACGCCGUUUUGAGGAGGCCAUGUCUACUAAGAACAACAUCAUGGAAAAUAUGAGGGCGCAACAAAAAGAGUUUGCCGACGAGCGCAAGUCGCUUGAGGACGAGAUUCGAGCGUACAAAGCCAAGAUUGAAGAAGCCGAAGAUGAACUGGAUCGCGUCUUAGGUAGUCGGGACAACGAGCGAACAGGUGUGGAUGCCAGGGUACAAGAGCUGGUUUCUCAACUUGAGAAGGCGCGCAAAGAUGCUGCCGAGCAGAGCAAACAAGCCGAAGAGCGCAUUGAAGCCCUGCAAGCUGAGCUCAGUGAACGUAACGCCGUAAAGGCGCAGGAACUGGACUCGCUGACCGCAGUCUUCAACCAUCUUUCCCCUGAUGCGAGUAUACCCGAUGAUCAUUCUACGCUCAUUGCGCAACUUGAAGACCUAGCGAUUCGAUCACUCAAUCAACAGAAAGAGCUCCAGCAAGCCGUGGCGAUGGCCAAGUCAGACAACGAGAAUGCUCAUGCUAGGAUCGAGGAGCAAGAACGCAACUUCAACACCAAGCUAGCCGAACAGGAGAAAGACGUUACAGCUGUCCGUGAAGAGCUUGACGUAGAGAAAGCACGCGUCGCUUCUAUCACUGCAGAACUUGAGGAGGAACGGAGCCAUCUACACAGCCUCCGUGCGAAGUUUGCUGAAGGCGAGACAGGUUCCGAAGCUCUACAAAAGCGCAUCGAGGAAGAAGAAGACAAGGUUGGUCGUCUUCAAACCGAGCUGGCGGAGAAGAAUUCGCAUGCCAACAGCCUCGAUGUCGAGCUUAUGCGGGUAGAGAAGAAACUGCGCAAGCUUGAGGAGGCCGAUUCGUCCCGCCACCACCAACGUAUGCAUCGUGCAAAAGACCUCAGUCAACGUCUAUACACGCUGCAUGAGCGCCUUAUCCGUCUAGUUGAGGCACUUGGAUUUGUCAUCACCCAUGAAAACGGCGAGAUGGUCCUUCAACGAGCGUCUAGGCUUGGUAGUAGCACUAUCAUGACGGACACCAGUGCAGGACUUAGUCGAAGUAUCACCACGCCCUCGCCUACUCCUCUGAAACGCUUCUUAGAAGACGUUGGAGACCUCCACUUCCUUCAAUGGACUGAAGCUACGAGCUCAGAGGAAGAAGACCAGCGGUACCAGGAGCUUAUUGAAAAGCUCGAGCUCUUCAACACCGAAACCUUUAGCGACGCUGUUGCAAAACGGAUGCGCGACAUGGAGCAUACGGCACGAAAGUGGCAGAAAGAAGCACGAGCAUAUCGAGACAAAGCCCAUCGCUUCCAAGCCGACUCACACGACAAGAUCGCUUAUCGUUCGUUCAAGGAAGGUGACCUUGCACUAUUCUUGCCGACCCGUAACAAUGCGCAUCGACCUUGGGCUGCCUUUAAUGUUGGAGCACCGCACUUCUUCCUUCGCGAGCAAGACACGCAUCGACUGGGUGGAAAAGAGUGGCUUGUGGCGCGUAUAUCAAAAGUGGAAGAGCGUGUUGUCGACCUCUCCAAGACACUGGAUGGUGCACCUCGAGCAUCAUUAGACGGUCGUUCUAUCGCUUCGAGCAAUGCCGUUUCGUUCGAAGACGACAAUCCUUUCGAGCUAUCCGAUGGACUACGAUGGUACCUAUUGGAGGCGACAGAAGAGAAGGCGAUGGCACCUGGUACUCCAGGUAUCAAAGGUGCGGUUACCGUGAAGAGUAGUCUAGAGACCGGACAAGGCGAGAUGCAGAAAGCAAAGAAGAAGUCCUCCAUGGACCCAGCGACUCAGCUUGGAAAGUCACUCGACAGUCGCCGCAGUAGCGGAACUAGCAGAAAGAGCGCACCAUUAGUUGGCCAUCAUAACUCAACGGAAGCGCUUUCCCCAGCUGAACAUCCCAAAUCAAAUCCCAACUCCGCCACGGCAACACGGGGCGCGAGUCCAGCUGGUGCACAUGGCCCCAGCCAUCUGAGGGAGACGUUUUCGCUUCCUUCAUCCAUCGCCCAGCUUCAGACACUACGCAAGACCUCCGUGUCAGGCCCAGCCAAUCCACGAUCGGACACAUCUCCAGCCAAGACCAGAUUAGGAAGUCUAGCCGAUCUGAGGAGUCCUCUUGUUGACUCUCGCAAGUCGCCGCUCGCGAGGAAAGGAAGUAUAUGGGAUAGCUUCUUUCAGUACGAUAUUGAGUACCAGGGCAAAGCAUCGAAGAAGUAG